CCGCCCCCCGGGGCCGUCACAGCCGCGCCCGCGCCGCGGUGACGUAGUCGGAGCGCGCCUCGCCGCUGCGGUUUAAGGAGCGACUUGGCGAAGCCAUGUGCGAGGUGGACGAGGACUACGGGGAGCCCUCGGCCGAGGGACUGCAGCCUUCACGGCCCGGCCGUGAGCAGAAGUGUGUGAAGUGCAAGGAAGGCCUGCCUGUCGUGGUGAUCCGAGCAGGAGAUGCCUUCUGCAGGGACUGUUUCAAGGCGUUUUACACGCACAAGUUCAGAGCCGUGCUCGGGAAGAACCGGCUGAUCUUCCCAGGAGAGAAGGUGCUCCUGGCGUGGUCUGGGGGGCCUUCGUCCAGCUCCAUGGUCUGGCAGGUCCUUGAGGGCCUGAGUCGAGAUUCUGCCAAGAGACUGCGUUUCGUGCCAGGGGUCAUCUAUGUUGACGAGGGAGCAGCCUGUGGCCAGAGCGCCGCGGACAGAGCGAAAACCCUGGCAGAGGUGAAGCUGGUCCUGCAUGCCCUCGGCUUCCCGUGGCACGUUGUUGCCUUGGAAGAGGUGUUCGGCCUUCCGCCGUCGGUGCUGCGUCGCUGUGCCCCGGAGCCGGCGGGGACCGGGGCGGCCUACAAGGUGGCCGUGGACCACUUCCUGCAGCAGCAGUGUGCCCUCGGGGCCGAGAGGGAGGAGCAGCUGAGCCACCCCUGCCCCAGGGACCCCGAGCCCCCAGCUGCACCGCCCACAGCGACCCAGACCGAGGCUUUGUGCAGACUCUUCGACUCGGUGAAGACGCUGACGGCCAGGGAGGAGCUUCUGCAGACGCUGCGGACCCACUUGGUGCUCCAUGUGGCCCGGACCCACGGCUACUCCAAAGUGAUGACAGGCGACAGCUGCACACGCCUGGCCGUCAGGCUCCUGACCAGCCUGGCGCUGGGGAGAGGGGCCUUCCUCGCCUGGGACACGGGCUUCUCGGACGAGCGGCACGGCGACGUGGUGGUGGUGCGGCCCAUGCGUGAGCACACGCUCAAGGAAGUCGCCUUCUACAACCGGCUGUUCGCCGUCCCCUCCGUCUUCACGCCAGCCAUCGACACCAAGGCCCCUGAAAAGGCCAGCAUCCACCGGCUGAUGGAGGCCUUCCUGCUCAGGCUGCAGGCGCGGUUCCCCUCCACCGUCAGCACCGUGUACAGGACCAGCGAGAAGCUGCUCAAGGCCCCCAGGGACGGCUUCGCUGCCGGCCCCCCGGGGCCCCGCUGCCUGCUCUGUAUGUGCGCUCUGGACGUGGACACGGCUGACAGUGCCACAGCUUUUGGGGCACAGACCACCUCACACGUCUCUCCAACACAGCCCCCCGUCCCAGAGGCCGGGGCGGCUGGCGGGCCCUGCUGCUGUGCACAGAUGGGCAGGGCCCAGGGCUGCUGCAGGGAAGCCGUCCGGGCCUGCGUCAUCGAGCAGCUGUGCUACGGCUGCCGAGUGAACCUCAAGGACAUGCCUUCCCUGGACCCUCUGCCGCCCUACAUCCUGGCCGAGGCCCAGCUCCGCAGCCAGAGGCCCAGCGCGGAGCAGGAGGCCCGGGCGUCUCUGCUGGGGAGCGAUGAGGAGGCCCAGGUGGGCGAGAGCUGAGCCCACAGGAAGGCAAGAACCGGCAGCGGGCAGGGUCUCCCGUGUGUAUAAAUAAAACAUUUAAUUAGAAAA